AUGUCUCAAGCCCCCAACUAUGAGACAUUGGAUGCACCCGAUGGGUCAGCAUUGACGUGGAUCUUCGAUCAUUGUCUGCGUUACGCCGACAGCUACGAAAUCUCUUUACGUGCUGCAUACGAACUCAAUCGCCACCCAUCAAAAAACACAAUGGGGACUUCAUUUCUUCCUCAGUCACCCUCCAUCCUACGCAAUUCUGUUUGGUCUAGAAACUCUCGCAACUCCAAUUCCUCUCUUGAUGCUCCUUCUUACGACACCAAUGCCGAAUUCCGUGCUUGUUUGACUAAAGCUAUCUCCGAAUUGCCUUCUCAACCCUGCUCGCUCCCUCCGAGCUUCAUUCUCUCCUUUGUACGUCGUUGUUUUUGUCUGGAGCUGUCCGAUGUCGACUUUGCCCAGGCUUUGACUGCUCUUGAUUACCUUAAAGCUAUCCAAGGUCGCUGGAAGAAGGAGAUUGAUGCCGCUUUUAAUCGGCUCGACAUUACUCCCAAGGACGCGAGUGACCCUCAGCACUCGGAGGUCGCUCGCAAGUAUCCUAAUGUCUUGACCUGGUACAAAGACAUCAGUCAAAAGGCACGCCUGAUCGAUUUUAUGUACACUCAAAUCCAUGUCGGCCUGCGUCGCUGGGUUCUGGUCAAUCAGAUGAUGCUUGAGCCGUUUGACAAGGCCAACUGCCUUGCUCUUCUCAACACUCUACUGCCGCCUGUUCACCGAGACAGCCCGACCCCAACACAGCAGUUGACGCCAGCCACCCUUGGACAUCACCGUGACACAUUCUUCAAAUACAUUACCAACUACAAGGGUGAUCCUUCAAUGCUGGAAGCUAUCAUUACACAAGGCGCUCGAGCCAACGAGGAGAAUGGGUGGCCUGCAUUGCAUGAAACCCUUGACAGAUACCUGGACGCAGUCCUCGAAAUGAUCGACGAGUGUAUUUUGAUCAACGAGCCUUGUCAGAUUGGCAAGUCCGGCGUGCAGCGCCGCACCGACUCGGGCAUCAGCUUCGGUCCGGAUUUCGGCCCCUGUCCUGCUAUCUCCCAAUCCUCAGACACCGAAAAGCCUCUUCCCCAUUUCCCAGAAGAGAACACAGGCUCUAGCAAGCAUGGUUCGUUCCUGGACCGAUUUUCUUCCUUGUCGGGAUGGGGCAAGAAGAAAGGCCCCAAGAAGGAGCAGGAUAGGGAGUUUGCGCGCAGUUUGAAGAAGAUGCAGUCCAACAGAUCAUUCAACAGUCGGGCUAGCAGCAUCAAUACACCAGCCAAGUUCAACGCAAAUAUAUCCUUCGAAUUGACUGACGAUAAGCGCCGGCGUUUGAUCGAUGAAGCCCAAGCUCGCAAAGCAAUCGACUCGACUCAAAACAUCGGUCAGGCUGUUUAA